GAAAAAAAUGAUGACUCUCCCAACUCCCUCCUCUGCUUGUGCUGCUACUACAAUCCCAGGUGCACGUACCCAUUUCGUUAAUUCUCAAGAAUUCUCUCUGCUUUCAAGUCUGGAAUCAUGCAAAUCUGUGCGAGAAAUGAAGCAAAUCCAUGCUUUUAUUAUCAAAGCCAAAGCCAGAAAAGCCCCUCUUCCAGUCCAGCUCCUAAGUGCUAAAAUCACUUAUGUCUUUCAACAUUUUGAUUUCAUUAGCAGCAAGGAAAACAUCCUCUCCUACGCUUGCUCCCUUGUCAAGCUCUGCUACCAUAAUCAUGUCUUCAUCUUUAAUUCAAUCAUCCAGUCACUCGCAAUUUGCAAGAACAGCUUCAGGCCUACGAUGGGAUUGUACCGGGAAAUGUUGCUAGAAGGUCUCUUGCCUGAUACAUACACUGUUCCCUACGUUCUCAAGGCUUGCUCGGAAUCCCAGUCUCUCAGAGAAGGCCAGCAGAUUCAUGCCUAUUCCAUCAAAACGAGUCUUGCGUCAAAUGUGUUCGUCAAGAACACUCUGAUGAGGCUUUAUGCUGUUUGUGGAAUUAUCAAAUCUGUUGAGAAGGUGUUCGAUGAAGGUCCUGAUAGUGAUUUGAUCUCCUGGACCACUCUUAUCCAAGGAUAUGCCAAGAUGGAUUAUAGCUCCGAAGCCAUCAAUACAUUCUUUCGCAUGAAUUGGAGAGCCGACGAAAUGACAUUGGUGGUUGUACUUUCCGCUUGCUCUAAAUUGAGAGAUUUGGAUAUCGGUAAGAAAAUUCAUGCAUAUAUGGAUCAUCACAAAAUUGACUUCCAUUCGGAUGUCUUUCUGGGUAAUGCAUUGCUAGAUAUGUACUUAAAAUGUGGCCAAUUUGACUUGGCUCGUCAGGUGUUCGACGAGAUGCCUAUUAAGAAUGUAGUUGGUUGGAAUUCCAUGAUAUCGGGGCUAGCGCAGCAAGGACAAUCCAAAGAAUCCCUAGACAUGUUCCGCAUGAUGCAAAAUAUGGGUUUAAAGCCUGAUUCCUUUACUAUUGUUGGUGUGUUAAAUUCAUGUGCUAGUCUUGGAGUGCUAGAGCUGGGGGAGUGGAUUCAUUCUUAUAUUAACAAAAAUCAUAUCAAGGCUGAUGGGUAUGUUGGGAACGCACUAGUGGAUAUGUAUGCCAAGUGUGGAAGUAUAGACCAAGCCUUCAAUGUUUUCCAAGCAAUGAGAUGUAGAGAUGUCUAUUCUUAUACGGCCAUGAUUGUUGGCUUAGCAAUGCAUGGUGAAGCAAAGAGAGCAUUGGAUAUCUUCUCCGAGAUGCUUAUAAUGGGCAUAAAGCCAGACGAAGUAACAUUUGUUGGUGUCCUUUCGGCCUGUAGUCAUGCGGGACUUGUAGAGGAAGGGCGAAGACAUUUUGAGGACAUGUUGAGGCACUACAACCUAGAACCUAAAAAAGAGCAUUAUGGUUGUAUGGUUGACCUUAUGGGUCGUGCUGGGCUAAUUAGUGAGGCACUAGAGUUCAUAAAUAAGAUGCCAAUUUUACCUGAUGCUUCUGUUUGGGGAUCACUUCUUGGAGCUUGCAAGAUUCAUGCUAAGGUUGAACUUGGUGAAAGUGUAAUGGAAAAACUUGUAGAGAUGGAACCUAGUAAAGAUGGUGCAUAUAUACUGAUGUCAAAUAUAUAUUCCUCUGCAAAUAGAUGGAGAGAUGCUUUGAGGUGGAGAAAGGCAAUGAAACAAAAUAACAUGAAGAAGACUCCAGGUUGUAGUUCAAUUGAAAUUGAUGGAAUGGUUCAUGAAUUUCGCAAGGGUGAAAAGUCACAUCCCAAAAGUAAAGAGCUAUGCAAGUUGCUUCAAGAGCUGACACAUCAGUUGAGAGACGUUGGAUUGGACGAGAACAUUGUGUCGUGUUGAUACAAACACAGGUACGGACACACACGAGGGACAAGGGCGCAUUAGGCUCUUUGAAAUUUUUUUUCUUUAAAUUAAGGGUAUAUUGGUAAUUUGGAACAUGUAAAUAUAAAAAUCUUUUUAAAAAAAUAAUAAUUCAGAAAAUAAUUAAAAACAAUAGUCAAUUAAUCCAGUUACUAUUUUGCUUAACUCCUUUAAUUUUGAGGGUAGGUUUUUUUAUGCUGCUAGAUUUUCUAGUAAAUCAACAAUAAACGAUUAACUUUAUCGUGUCCUAUUCCUUAAAGGGAAAUUUACACAUAGUCCUCGGACCUUAUCACUAA